UGUGUUGUCACGAUCAUGUAUCCUACUAUGACUAUAUCCAACCCUACUCCAUGUGUUGCCACUAUCAUGUAUCCUACCAUGACUAUUUCCAACCCAACUCCAUGUAUCCUACCAUGACUAUAUCCAACCCAACUCCAUGUGUUGCCACUAUCAUGUAUCCUACCAUGACUAUAUCCAACCCAGCUCCAUGUAUCCUACCAUGACUAUAUCCAACCCAACUCCAUGUGUUGCCACUAUCAUGUAUCCUACCAUGACUAUAUCCAACUCUACUCCAUGUGUUGCCACUAUCAUGUAUCCUACCAUGACUAUAUCCAACCCAGCUCCAUGUAUCCUACCAUGACUAUAUCCAACCCAACUCCAUGUGUUGCCACUAUCAUAUAUCCUACUUGGCUGAAGGUUUGAUCCAGUGGAAGAAGUAUUGAGGAGCAGGGAGGUUAAAGGUCACUUCAGGAUAUCAGUAAAGUCCUAUUAAAUAUAUAUUUCUUUACCUAAUUCCAUUUUUGUUUUUUUCUCUAAUUCUGUUUUCUUUGUUUAGUUUUUCCAGGUUUCUGUCCCUGUUUUUCUGUUUUUCUCUCAAAACCACAUCAGGAGAUCACGUUUGAAGUCUGAGAAAAAUCUAAGAUGUUUUCAUUUUUGUGUUUAGAUACCCUUUAAUUCAAGUGGCACCAGCAAGAGCCUUGCUUGGUUAGUGGUGUCUGUAGCACACAUGUGAUUGCAGAGUCUGCUGAACAAAUCACAACUGGUUGAUGCAAAUAAUCGUGAUAUCAUUCUGCCAGGUAGGCAUAGACUACUUUGUAGUUAACAUUGAAUUGACAAGGUUUGUGGGAAAACUUUUCCAUCAACAAGAAGAUAGUUGUCAUUAGCAUCAUCGCUAACAGCUACACAUAGUGGUAGACAAAUGCACUUAGUAGACAGGGGCAUUUCCUGACUGUUUCCUCUUCAGAAAGUUGAAGGAAAAUACAAAUCACUGAGGCUAAUUUAGACGACUUGCAGGCAGUGGGUUCAGAAUAACUAUGAGAAAAAUGAAUAAAGAUUAUAAUUAUAAUACAGAUUAUACCACCAGCCAAAAGGGCAAUUUAGUGACUGGAAGGGUAAAGUGGCAUGUGCUCUACACAGGUAGAGUCCUAUCUGUCCAUGUUGCCUUUUGCAAAGUGGGUACUGCUUCAUGUGGCAACACCAACACUCAGCUAAAUAGUCCAUAUGCCACUGGAUGAGAGAAGUUUUCAUUGUUUUUGGGCACCAUUAUGUGAGGUGUUAUUAUGUGUUGUUAGUGAUGAGCCUUGGUCAAUUUAGCUAGGAAUAUGCCAUCCUCGUCAAUGUCGCCCUUGUCAAUCUGUCACCUAAUCCUGCCUAAUGGGCAGAUCAGCACUGGAGGAAAGUAUUGGCUGUAAGAAGGAAGAGAAAACAUAACAUCUGGUAACAUUACUUCUUAUGACAUUGCUUGCCAGAAUGAACAUUGUAACGGCGAUUUUUCUCCAGUCUGCGUUACCCACUCCAGUCAGCAGAUAGCGAUUUGAGUCUUUCAGGUGAUGCUGCUUGCGUGACGUAUAAUCUAGUGGACGGAACUGGAGGCUUCUUCAACAGCGACAAAAGGCUUCUGAUUCACCCACCGUGGUGAUUUGCUAGCGAACAUAAAACCGAAACAUUGAAGCUCUUUAGACCAAUUUUGUGUAUAUUACUCUUAGUGUUUUAAAUAUAAUUCUGUUUACCUUUCUACUAGUUCAUUAAAACGUAAUUUGCUUGUUAAAUUAGCAAAUGUGUUAAAUUGAUAAUGUACAAGGCUAAUCGCGCGGAUCAUGAGCUAUGUAAGCUAGACGGAUAAAGAAGCUCUGAUGAAAGGAGAGGAAGAAGCUUUCAGCAUGAAUAGGGAGGAAAGGGAGGCUAUCACAUUGAAAGAAGAAGAGGAUGAUAUUACAGUGAAAGAGGAAGAUGGGAAAGAGGUUGUCAAAGUGGAAGAGGAGGUAGAAGCUUUCAGAAUCAAAAAGGAGGAAGAUGCCAUAACAUUGACUGAAGAGAAUGAAGUGAAAGAAGAGGAAGAACCUUUUGGAGUAAAAGAGGAAGAGGAGGCUAUCUCAAUAAAAGAGGAGGAAGUGAAAGAGGAGGAGACUGAAGUUCUGAUUACCACCAGAGAGAGACAUGACUAUUAUGGAUCCUCUGGGGAGCCUCAACAACAUCCUGAUGCUGACGAGGCAGAGAAGAGUCUCUCCAGAUCAGAACACCAGAUGGACAACGCUAGCCCUUUCACCCUCCCAGAGUCCCCAUGUCGUGCCUCUCCCGGUAGCGCCUUACUGCUGGGUAUGAAGAGGUUGUCUGUGCUGCUGGUGGACUGCAGGAAAACAAUGGUGCUGAGUGGAACUGUGAGAGGAGGAGAAGAGAAGAAAGGAUUAGAUUUGACACAUCAAAGUAAGUGCUGUAGUUUGAACAAAUACAAUAGAUCUGCCCACUGGUAUCUGUUACCAGUAGGGCUGUCCCUGACUAAUACAAAUACAGCUUUGCACACUGUUGGCAUUCUCUCAACCAGCUUCACCUGGAAUGCUUUUACAACCGUCUUCAAACCAAACUUUAUUUGCCACAUGCGCCGAAUACAACAAGUGUAGAUAGAUGGCAGCAUUCGCGCUAAACUGAAAACACAGACCAUCCAUUUAACCAUGGCAAGGUGACUAGGAAUAUGGCCGAAUACAAACAGCGUAAUUAUUCACUUCGUAAGGCAAUCAAACAGGCAAAACGUCAGUAUAGAGACAAAGUGGAGUCGCAAUUCAACGGCUCAGACACGAGACGUAUGUGGCAGGGU